GUGUAAGCACCUAAUCUGGUAGUUUUUGCUGGGUAUGGUUCAUUCCUUCUAUGACAUCACGCUAGAGACCCCCCACACAUCCAUUCCCAUAACAACAAUCCCCCUCAUCGCGACACACCCCCCCAUCCUCGCUACACCCGGGCCACUUCGGAUCCGUCGCCCGACAUUUCGUCGCCGCGCAAUACCCCGAGCAGCAGAUCGGGCCGCCCCCGCCCGAGAUACAGUUCGCUGUGUUGGAGCGGUGAGGUCCGGUUGGUUGGUUACUUUGUUGGGAGGGAGGGAGGGAUGGAGGUAUGGACUUACAGUAGACGGUGAGACAGGUGGGUGUGGGUACGCAGGUCGUGAUGGUGGUUGUGGGAGGGGUGUGGAAGGUUGCGGUGGUGCAGAAGUGGUUGGGGGGGCAGGAGGGGAGGGUGCCGCAGGGGGGGUUGGUGGUGGUUGUGGUGAGUGUGGUGGUGGAGGACGCACGAGUUAGUGUGAUGAGGAAGGGGGCGAUGAGGGAUUUUUCGAGAUGCAUGGUGUGUUGAGUGAUGGGCUGGGAAGUGG